UCAUGCUGCUGCCAGGUCCAGAGUCUGUCAUGGGUCCCUGUACGGCCUCCCAUUGCUGCUGUCUCCAUCGCCACACUCUGCCAUGUGCCACUUUUCAGGUCUCCUCACACUGCUGGUGUGUUGAAUUUUUUUGACAUAUCGGGUGCUGGCAGAUUACGGGCCUCCUAUAGCUGCUGCCAGGCCCCUAAUCUGCCAUAGGCCCCUUAUACCGCCUCCUCAUGCUGCUGCCAGGUCCAGAGUCUCUCAUGGGUCCUGUACGGCCGCCCAUUGCUGCUGUCUCCAUCGCCGACACUCUGCCAUGUGGCCACUUUCA